UAGAACUAAGCUAAGUGUUGUUGAAGGAUUUAAUUGGGACUCAUUUGUUGUUGCAUUGAGGGAAAAGUUUUAUCCUCCUUUUAUAACAAAACGAAAAGCGCAGGAAUUCAUAAACCUUGGGAUGGGGAGUAUGACCAUCGCUGAAUAUUAUAGCAAAUUUAUAGCGAUGUCGAGGAUCGCACCUGAAGUUGUAGCCACAGAAGAGAUAAAGGCUCAGAGGUUUGAGCAAGGGUUGACCGAUGAGUUCCAGUUGGGAUUAGGUGGAGAAAUCUUUACCUCUUUAGAUAAUGUGUAUGAGAGAACCGCUCAUAUUUACGGUUUGCAGUCCAUAAGGGACGCGAAAAAUGUUGUUGGGGAGAAAAGAAAAGAGUUUAAUGUCCAGGAAAACCAAGGGAAUUUCAAGAGGAAUAUGAAUGAGAAUAGGAAUGAAAAUGGAAAUGGAAAUUUUCGAGGAGGAAACAGUCAGGGGCACAACAAUAGGAGUAAAUCCGAGAGAGUGUAUCACUGCAAGAGGUGCAACAAUAACCACCCUGGGAAGGACUGUAAAGGAAAAUUGGUGAAUUGCCACUAUUGUCAGAAAAGGGGGCAUAGAGAGUUUGAGUGCUUCAUUAAGCACAGAAAGGAACAAAAUAGUAAUGGAGGUGGGAACCAAGAGAGGUUUAACCAGUCUGGAGAUCAAAAUUCAAAGCCUGGAGGGGCACAAAACAAUCAAGAGAACUAUAAUAAGCCUGCAAAUGAUAACAACAACCAGGAUAAGGCUCCGGGCAAACUAUUCAUGAUGAGUAGAAAUGAAGCUGAACGUUCUGCAGACGUAGUUCAUGGUGGAGAAUUCUCCGUAGGCGACUUUUGAAUUCUUAAAGUGGUCUCGCAUUUUGUUUACACAAGUCUCUAAGGAUCAAUAAGCGUUGCCCAUCUACAGGUUUGAAGAUGAUGCAUCAUUGGGAUCGGGAUUAGAGAGCUUGUAGUUCAUUUGAUUUUCUAAGUUGGAUUUGGUUUGUUUAAGUGGACUCUAAAACUUAUUGAAUUAGUAACAUUAACUUUGUUUUU